GACUCUCACUUCCCAGAGUUUCACUUCACGAUGGCGGAGGGGCACUCGCGCGCGGUCGGACCGUCAAGCGCAUUUUAACGGCCCUUUUCUGUCCCGACGCCUGUUCUCCUCGUUCGGACAUUUUGUCGCGCCGAGAUAAGCGCGGAGGUGUUUCGGAACCCAUGGCGGACCGAGGCGUGGAUUUGUGCGCUCUGCCCAAAGAGGUGAGGGACCAGCUGGCGGAGUUGGACUUGGAGCUGUCCGAAGGAGACAUUACUCAGAAGGGCUAUGAGAAGAAAAGAGCCAAGCUAUUGGCCCCGUUCAUCCCACAGACUCAGAAUGUGGAUCCAGGCCUGCAAAAUGACCAGCGGGGCCCAGCCUCCAACUCGGCCCAGGCCCCUCCACCUGCCCCUUCAUCUAGCCGCCAGCGUCGUGCUCACCGCAGCGGUGGCGCCAGGGAUGACCGCUACCGAUCUGACAUCCACACAGAGGCAGUGCAGGCUGCCCUGGCCAAGCACAAGGAGCAGAAGAUGGCCUUGCCCAUGCCCACCAAGCGCCGCUCCGCUUUUGUCCACUCUUCCGUUGAGAACUGUACCCCUCCUGACACCUCCUCUGCCUCAGAGGAUGAAGGAUCCCUGCGCAGGCGAGCCGCUCUGAGAGCAGCCCUGGCUCAGACGCUCCAAAGCCCAGACUCCUGGAUCAGUCGCUCCCUUCAGGGCUCCUCCACGUCCUCCUCCGCCUCCUCCACUUUGUCGCAUGGUGAGGGCAAGCCCCAACCUACUGCGCUGGCUGACGUGCUCGCGCACACCCGCAUAGAAAAUAACAGCGUGCCUCCGGAUGUGACGACGUCCGCCAUUCAGGACCAGGUGUCACGAGGUGGAGUGGAGGUGCCGAAUGCCCCCGUACGGGGCAUGAGCCGUGGGCAGAGCCGCUCCAGCAUGAUGGAAACCGCGGAUGGAAAAGGGGUUCCUGUGAGCAGCAGGGUUUCCACCAAGAUCCAGCAGCUGCUCAACACUCUCAAGCGCCCCAAGAGGCCACCGCUGAGUGAGUUUUUUGUAGACGACACGGAUGAGAUCGUGGAGGUACCACAGCCAGACCCCAACACCCCCAAACCUGAGGGCCGUCAGAGUACCCCGGUGAAGGGCGAGCCACUGGGUGUGGUUAGUAACUGGCCUCCAGCCCUCCAGGCAGCCUUGGCACGCUGGGGGGCCACACAGGCGAAGAGUCCUGCCCUGACAGCACUGGACAUCACAGGGAAGCCUUUGUACACACUUACUUACGGGAAGCUGUGGAGCCGCAGUGUGAAGCUAGCCUUUACCCUUCUCAACCGGCUGGGGACCAAGACAGAGCCAGUGCUGAAACCAGGAGAUCGGGUGGCGCUAGUGUAUCCCAACAGUGACCCUGGGAUGUUCUAUGUAGCCUUCUAUGGCUGCCUGCUGGCUGAGGUCAUACCAGUACCAAUAGAGGUACCGCUGUCUCGCAAGGAUGCAGGAAUUCAACAGAUCGGGUUCCUGCUGGGCAGCUGUGGGGUGUCUCUGGCACUGACCAGUGAGGCGUGCCUCAAGGGGCUGCCUAAGACCCCCAAUGGAGAGAUCAUACAGUUCAAAGGUUGGCCUCGACUGAAGUGGGUGGUGACUGACACCAAGUAUCUGACAAAACCGUCGAAGGACUGGCAGCCCCAUAUUCCUACUGCUAACACUGACCCGGCCUACAUUGAGUACAAAGCCAGUAAGGAGGGUACAGUGAUGGGGGUGGCAGUGUCCAAGGUAGCCAUGCUGACACACUGCCAAGCCUUGACGCAAGCCUGCAACUACAUCGAAGGAGAGACCCUGGUCAAUGUAGUGGACUUUAAGAAGGACAUUGGCUUGUGGCAUGGCGUUCUCACAUGUGUCAUGAAUCGGAUACACACCAUCAGCGUGCCCUAUUCCGUGAUGAAGGCAUGCCCACUGUCCUGGGUGCAGAGGGUGAACAUUCACAAAGCGCGAGUGGCUCUGGUGAAGUGUCGUGACCUACACUGGGCCAUGAUGGCAUUCAGAGAACAGCGGGACAUCAGUUUGGCGACCCUGCGUAUGCUCCUCGUCGCAGACGGUGCCAACCCCUGGUCUGUGUCAUCAUGUGAUGCCUUCCUCAACGUAUUUCAGUCUCAUGGCCUGAAGCCAGAGGUCAUCUGCCCCUGUGCGGCAUCGCCUGAAGCCAUGACAGUGGCCAUCCGCAGACCAGGAGUCCCUGGGGCACCCCUCCCUGCUCGGGCUAUCCUGUCCAUGUGGGGGUUGAGCCAUGGGGUGAUACGGGUCAACACGGAAGAUAAGAACUCAGCCCUUACCGUGCAGGAUGUGGGUCACGUCAUGCCUGGUGCUCUGAUGUGCAUCGUGAAGCCGGAUGGGCCACCACAGCUAUGCAAGACAGAUGAAAUUGGGGAGAUCUUGGUGAACUCUCGCGCUGGGGGCACCAUGUACUAUGGUCUGCCUGGGGUCACAAAGAAUACAUUUGAGGUGAUUCCAGUGAACUCCAGUGGUGCACCCAUAGGAGACAUCCCCUUUGUGCGCUCUGGACUGCUGGGCUUUGUGGGGCCAGGAAGCCUGGUGUUUGUGGUGGGCAAGAUGGAGGGCCUGCUGAACGUCAGUAGCCGACGGCACAAUGCGGAUGACCUAGUGGCAACUGCACUAGCGGUAGAGCCCGUCAAGACCGUUUACCGUGGGAGGAUUGUGGUGUUCUCUGUGACUGUGUUCUACGACGAGAGGAUCGUGGUGGUAGCAGAGCAGAGGCCCGAUGCCAAUGAGGAGGACAGCUUCCAAUGGAUGAGCCGAGUACUUCAGGCCAUAGACAGUAUUCACCAGGUGGGGCUGUACUGCCUGGCUCUAGUCCCUGCCAACACUCUCUCCAAGACCCCCUUGGGAGGCAUCCACGUGUCCGAAACCAAACAGCAUUUCCUGGAGGGCAAUCUGCACCCCUGCAACAUUCUGAUGUGUCCUCACACCUGCGUCACCAACCUGCCUAAACCACGCCAGAAGCAGCCAGUGGGUGUGGGUCCAGCCUCAGUCAUGGUCGGCAAUCUGGUAGCGGGGAAGAGGAUUGCCCAAGCAGCUGGGAGAGAGCUGGCUCUAAUAGAUGACCAGGACCUAGUCAAAAAGCUCUAUAUGUGGCCCACCGUGAUGCACCAGUUCUUGACAGAAGCUUUGCAGUGGAGAGCUCAGACUGACCCUGAUCACACGCUCUUUGUCCUUCUCAAUGCUAAGGGGGCAGCAGUGAGCACAGCCACCUGUGUUCAGCUUCACAGGCGGGCGGAGAAGAUCUCGGCUGCCUUGACAGAGAAGGGCAGCAUCAACACAGGAGACAAUGUGGUGCUUCUCUACCCACCUGGUAUUGACCUGAUAGCGUCUUUCUAUGGCUGUCUGUAUGCUGGCUGCAUUCCAGUCACUGUCCGCCCCCCACACCCACAGAACCUGGCUGCCACGUUGCCCACUGUGCGCAUGAUAAUUGAUGUCAGUAAAGCAGCCUGCAUACUAACAACUCAAACUCUUAUGAAGAUGCUCCGGUCAAAGGAAGCUGCAGCCACUGUAAAUGUCAAAACGUGGCCAAUUAUCAUAGACACAGAUGAUCUCCCUCGAAAACGUCCAAUGCAAAUUUACAAGCCUCCCACUGCUGAAAUGCUGGCCUAUUUAGAUUUCAGUGUAUCCACCACCGGCAUGCUGACUGGAGUCAAGAUCUCCCAUGCAGCAGUUAGUGCUCUGUGCCGCUCUAUCAAGCUGCAGUGUGAGCUCUACUCUUCCCGGCAAAUUGUCAUCUGUCUGGAUCCCUACUGCGGUUUGGGCUUUGUGCUCUGGUGUCUCAGCAGUGUUUACUCAGGUCAUCAGUCCAUCCUGAUUCCCCCGAUGGAGCUGGAGAGCUCCCUACCACUGUGGUUGAGCACGCUCAGUCAGUACCGCAUCAGAGACACAUUCUGCUCCUACUCUGUCAUGGAGUUGUGCACCAAGGGAUUGGGUACACAGACCGAGGCACUCAAGGCUCGUGGGGUAAACCUGUCAUGUGUGCGCAGCUGUGUGGUUGUUGCAGAAGAGCGACCCCGUCUGGCUCUUACGCAAUCCUUUUCCAAGUUGUUCAAGGACCUGGGCCUGUCUUCUCGUGCUGUCAGCACCGCCUUUGGUUCCCGGGUCAACCUGGCUCUCUGCCUGCAGGGCACUACAGGGCCAGACCCCUCAACUGUCUAUGUUGACAUGAAGUCACUUCGGCAUGACAGGGUUCGACUGGUUGAGCGAGGAGCUCCUCAGAGUCUUCCUCUUAUGGAGUCUGGAACUAUCCUUCCAGGGGUCCGAGUGAUCAUAGUGAACCCGGAGACACGUGGCCCGUUAGGAGACUCCCAUCUUGGUGAGAUCUGGGUGAGCAGCCCACACAAUUCCAGUGGUUAUUACACCAUCUAUGGUGAGGAGAGCCUGCAGGCAGAUCACUUCAACACCAGGCUGAGCUUUGGUGAGCCGCAGACCUUGUGGGCCCGGACUGGCUACCUAGGCUUUGUGAGGAGGACCGAGCUGCUAGAUGCCAGUGGAGACCGCCAUGAUGCUCUGUUUGUGGUGGGCUCUCUGGAUGAAGCUCUGGAGUUGAGGGGGCUGCGCUAUCAUCCCAUCGACAUUGAAACAUCUGUGUCACGUGCCCAUCGCAGCAUCGGAGAGAGUGCUGUUUUUACAUGGACAAACCUUCUGGUGGUGGUAUCGGAGCUGUGUGGGUCUGAGCAGGAGGCAUUGGACCUGGUGCCCCUGGUUACUAGCGUGGUCUUGGAGGAGCACCACUUAGUGGUGGGUGUGGUGGUUGUGGUGGAUCCAGGAGUCAUUCCCAUCAACUCCCGUGGGGAGAAGCAGCGGAUGCAUCUAAGGGACUCUUUCCUCGCCGACCAGCUGGACCCCAUUUAUGUGGCUUAUAACAUGUGAACUACUGGAUUGACUCUGAGCUUCAUGGAGCUGGACCUGUAACCUGAUGCACUUGGUUUUUAUCACACACUGCACAUUUGAAAGCCCUAGAAGUGUGCUUUGUAAACCACUAUCCAAGCUUCUGAUCACUCAGCUGGGCAGAGGUGUAGUGCGAUGGUGUAAAGCGCUAGUCUCUCACUGAGUCUCAGCCAUCUCCCACCAUCCUUUACAGGAAUGCAUUACUUAUGCUGUGCCACUUGCUUUGGUAAGGACUGUGUAAACUUGUUAGUCAGUGCAGUAAAUCAGUGAAUGUAAGGAUUCAGCUCCUCAGCUGGCGAAUGAGCUGGGAAGGAAUGGAGGGAAGGAACUGGUGGGGGAGGAACAAAAGCAAUGAGUGAUCAAGUACCUUAAAAAUGCAAUUUUAAAGUUUUUUUUUUUUUU